GCCGCGAAUGACGGUUGUUACGCCGCUCGCUAUUUAACGGACACGCGUUUGUGUAUUCUUAUUUGUGUAUAGUGAAACUUUGAUAAAGUGAUGUGAACAUAAUUUAUGGUGUUAGUGGUUUUGGAUUUCGGUUUUUAAAGUGUGAUGCACGGAGUUGAGUAGUCAUGGCGUGGAGCGCGCUGCUCUUGCUAUGGGUGGUCGCAGUGGUUGCUGAUAAACACGAGGAGUCGAGCUCAACAGACCCUGAGAAUACCACGACAGCACAAACUCCACCAAUUCCCCUGAGACCAGAGUAUGCACAUCCAGCGGGUGUUGAAGCAUUGGACCCCUACAACUCAGAGAAGAAUCCGCCGCCACAUAGAGACUAUUUGGAAGAAGAUUACGACCACGAGGGUCACAAGGAUGACGACCACGAGAGCAGAGAUGAUGCAGACGAGCUGCCGUCUCUCUCUGGAGACCAUUUGCUACAGAGCUCCUCUGAGUUACCUAUGUUUUUACUAGAGCCUCAACAUGCAUAUGUGGUGCGAAAUAAACCAGCGACUUUGCGGUGUCGUGCGGCAAAUGCUUUGCAAGUGUAUUUUAUGUGUAACGAUGUUAGGUCAGUGGGAAGUACUCAGUUUGAGUUCGUGGACCCUCAAAGUGGGAUCAGAAUUGUGGAAGCCGAGUGUAAUGUGACUAGGGAUCAUUUGGAGGAGUAUUUUGGUGAAGAUCGCUUCGCGUGCAAAUGUCACGCGUGGAGCAGUCGCGGAGAUAUAAGGAGUCAACCAGCGAUUGUGGAAUUAGCUUAUCUUAAGAAGCAGUUCGCAAUAUCACCCGCCUCUACAGCAGUAGAAGCCGGAUCAGCAGCAUCAUUACGCUGUUCUCCACCAAGUGCGGCACCAGCUCCGAGGAUAUCCUGGCUAAAAAAUGGCAUCCCACUCCAGCAAGACCAUAACGUACUUAUUUCUGCUGAAGGGAACUUGCUGAUAUCGAGGGCUUCUUUACAGGACAUGACAAACUACAGUUGCGUAGCAGAGAAUAUAGCCGGUAAAAGAAUUUCGGAACCUGCUGCACUUACAGUAUAUGUAAAUGGUGGAUGGACCGCCUGGGGUCCCUGGACCCAAUGCAGAUGCAAUGGAAGAGUAUCGGGUCAGCGGCGAAGCAGAACGUGCACAGAGCCGCAUCCAUUACACGGUGGGGCCCCGUGUCAAGGACAGAGUGUUCAGAAGACAUCUGACUGUGUACUGUGCCAAAACGCAUCCCCUGGAUCUUCUGGUCGUUGGGGCAGCUGGACAGAAUGGUCUGAAUGUGGUUCAGACUGCCGACAGUCCAGGCGAAGGUCCUGUGUUGGAGACACGUGCUCUGGAGCCCAGGUUCAACACGCUGACUGCAUUGGUGACUUCUGUGGAGUCCAUGGAGUCGCUGCUCAUAGUGACAUACCACUGUACAUUGGUAUUGCGGUAGCUGUGGUGGUGUUCCUUGCUGGUGCUGCAGUGCUUUACAAGCUACUGCAAAGGAAGACCAGGGACCAUUCACUUUACACCAUGACUAGAACAGAUUUCCAACCAGAAAUAUACCCGACAGUGGAGAAGCAGUCCCUAUCCCUGGGUCCAGAUCUGAUGCAACACCGUCCGCCAAGAUAUGAGCAUCCGCCUCCAGAUCCACGGACGGAGCACCAUUACGAUGUGCCGCAUUUGACUAACAGCUACGCAUCGCCAGUUGACCAGCAAGUUACCCCGAGCGCGUCCAGCAAAGGCCACAGCGAUGAGUACGACACGAAGCCUUACAGCGAGUCGGAGCAUUCCGCCUCCAGCUGUUUCACCAGUUCUGGCUCAAUGUACGACGCGACAAAUGAAUCCGUUACGUUACAAUUAGCGGAACUUGUUUCUAAUUCACCGACUUCCCAAUCGUUAUCAGUGUCAAGUUCGGGAGCCAGACUUUCGCUACCAGCGGGGGUAGCCAUUUCUAUACCAGAAGGAGCGCUUGGUAGAGGACGUCGUGAGCAAAUAUACGUCGCCGUUGUCAAAGAUGACAGAUACAGAGCAAGACUUGGAAAAGGUAUCACGCAACUGAGUCCAGUAGUUAAAUGUGGCCCACCUAGACUUCAAUUAAACAAGUCGGUUAUAUUACAAAUACCGCAUUGUGCGAGCCUAAAGCACGGUUUCUGGAACCUGGCUCUGUACGCCAUAGACAAUAACAAAGACAACGCCCAGCCACAUUGGAAGAAAAUUGUCAACCUCGGCCAAGAGACGAUCAACACUCCGGUCUUCACUCAACUCGACACCGACAAAAUAUUCCUAGUGACCGAUAUGCUAUCUACAUUUGUUUUAGUCGGGGAAAGUUUUAAUGGAAAGGCCGUGAAGGCACUCCAAUUAGCCGUGUACGCCCAACCCUCGAUUAAUGAUUCAUGCACCGAGUACACUAUCCGCUUCUAUAUAUUCGAAGAUACCCCGUGCGCCACUUAUUACUGUCAGGAACAGGAAAAGAAAUCAGGCGGAGUUCUAUUGGAGCGACCGAAAACGUUGCUAUUCCAAGACGGUGGAUCCAAUUUAUGUCUAACUUUGGAACACCUCAGCCCCGGAUGGAAAGCGAGACCGGGCGCAGCGUACCAAGAAAUACCUUUCGGCCACAUUUGGACGUCGAGCUACAACGCCCUGCACUGCAAUUUCACGUUAGACCGAUCAUACGACUGCGACAAUAUCGACUUCACUGUAUCCGCCUGUCAAAGGACGAAUCCGUCCUACAAGCAAACGUUCCGAAUAUCAAUCGACGAUCUGACCCAUUCACCGAGAGGACGCUCGCCUCGCGUAGAUGCCAGGAAUUUCAAUAUCACAGAAAAUUUGUUAGAAGCGCGUAUAUGCCGGAGCGAGACGAGCGACGACGGAAGCGUGAAAAGGAACGUCACCGUAAACGAAACUGGGGUGAACGAGACCGACGGCCCUUUUAAGUUGAACGUCAGAAUCAAGCGUCAGCUGUGCUCGAUUCUGGACCCGCCGAACGCUAGGGGCAACGAUUGGAGGGCACUGGCCAGUAGACUAGGGGUCGAUAGGUACACCACGUGGUUUGCGACUAAGAGUUCUCCUACCGAAGCUAUUUUGGAGUUAUGGGAGUGCAGGGAGCGAGGACCCGCCGCGAUAUCUUCGCUGGCUACCGCCCUGCGGCAGAUGGACCGCCACGAUGCAGCAGAUCUGCUGCAGAAUAGGCCGUCUUGGUUAUGAAUUGUGACUUAAUAAUACAUAGAGGCUUCGGAACAAAGGUAUGAGUUUUCUAUGUUGUAUGUAAAGGGCGGAAGUAUCGAGGCGUUGCUAAUUAUUGUGUAGUUUAAAUGUUACUUAGAGUAUCGGCCAUUGGCCGUGUAAAAUCGUGGUAGUUGUCAAACUAUCGAUGCUGUAGAUAAGCGAAUAAAUUAUAUAGUAGCAAUAAUAGUGCCUAAUCUUUUAAAGAAUGUAGCCGUGUAUCGGAUGUUUUGUUAUUUUUAUAAGCGUUUGAGUGUUCAUUGUAUUGGAAUAUUUCGAUUAAGUUAUGCUUUGUUUUAUGUCGGUAACUAUUAGCGCGCAUUAAUUCUGCAUUUUAGUAUUCGUUAGUUGUCUUUUGUUUAGGUUGUCAUAGUGACACCGCCAUUUUGAACGCGUUGCUAUGGCAACUUGUAAGCUCGUAGUUACGUAAAAUUAGAUACGUGCCAAAAUAUUUUUUUGGCAAAUUAAACGCACUAUUCCGAGCUUAUUGUAAAAAUUGUUUAUUAUAAGACUUAAAUGCAUUUACUACAAUGGGUUAUGAUAUUAAAAUUAUAUUUUAACUGGGUAUACGAUACAGAUUGACUAGUAAAUGACAUCUAUAUAUAUGAAACAAUACAUAUAAAUCUUUUAACUCCACCUGGAAGGGAAGCUUUCUAAGGAAUAUUUCGUAUCAAAAUAAAUAUCCUGAACAUACUUCAAUAUGUGUGUGAAACUUCGCAAUUUUUUUAAAGGAAUAUAACUGCUCGCUGAAAACAAGGCUAUUUUUUAAAUUUAUCUCCUUCUGAUGCCACUUUAUUGAUAAAGGGAUUUUGCGCUAGUCUAUACAGUUCUUCGGCGGAUGUGAUGCCAGUCUACUUGCAAUGCAACCACGACUUCUUCCAUCUACCAAACCUUCUCUUGUUAUAUGACGCAAAACUUGUCCGAAAUAAACUUGUCCUAUUUACUCUUCCCACCAGGCGGUGUUAAAAAUUAUACUUAUGCGUUUCGGCAUUGAAGUCAUUACUACCUGCAGGGUUACUCUGUUACUUUAAUUUCUAAUGUUGAGGGUUCGUACCACGUAAAUUUAUCUUAUAUCAAGAAAUCCAUCAGCGUUUAUUGAAUUACAUCGAAAUUGACUUCAUUAAAUUUUACAGAGUAGCCCUGCUGAUUGGUAAUUAUUACAUUACUGCAAAAAUCUUAUAAUAUAUUUCGACCACACUGCUGACAUAGUAUGUAAUCUCUAUAUUAAGUUUUAAAGACUAAAAUAUCGUAAUGUUAUCGAAAAAUUGUACAAUUUUAUUUUGGAUUUUUUUUUAUAUACCCGACGUAGUUCCUGUCUGUAUAUAUUUUUUAUAUAUAAAAAGUGAUUACGAUAACCUAUCCUUAACUUUUUGUGCACUCAAAAAUAUCUAUAUAAUUAUGGUAAAUAGUGUUUAUAAUAAACCAUUUCCGUAUCAGUAACGAAGGAUUUGUAUUGGAUCUACAAAAACACAAAAUGAUAUGAUUUUUGUAGAUCUGAUAAUUCCAAGACAGUUUGCUCCAGUUCAAACAAUUUGUAUGACUAAAAACUUGGCGAGUCAAAAGAGUGGUGGAGAGUUUCUUGCCAGUUCUUCUUGCCCUCUACGCCCAUGACUUGCGAGCUGGUAGUGAAUGUAAGUUUGGAAUAAAUUUAACACCUUUUCUGUUGACGUUCAUAGGUGUACAUGGUUACCUAUAUGAAUAAAGUUAUUUUUAGUUUGCGUUCUCUUUCCACACAGCCUCUGAAAGGUUCUUUACAAUUGUGUUAAAAACAUGUCGAUUAUAAAAGAGUUUCAACAUACUAUGACUCUUAAAUCACUUUUUAUACUUAAAAUGAAAUGUAAAUAAUUUAACACGUAGUAAAAAAUAUAACCAGAAUUUGUAUGAUAAAAUCCUCACCGCUGUAGAAUAUAUAUUUUUGUUAACGUGAUGACUAUUAAAUAAAUGGAUCUGUGAUAAUUAAAAUAAUAUGAAAUAAAUUA